GCCUGACGCGAAGUGCCGCCAUUUCUGUCGUUCAUUUUUGUCGCGUCUUUCGCUGCUUGUGUUUUGUGUAUUAUCAUUGUUGCCGUUAUAUUCUUUGCAACUAUUACUUAGUAUCUCUCUGUUCGCGAAUACCGAGCACAUAGAAGCCAAAAAGAAAAACAACGAAAAUAUCCCCCAUUCAUCUUGUUUCUGCCAACUUAUUUCUAAUUGUGAAGCAACCUUGAAAUUUUCACCGCACGCUGGAAAUUGCAAAACAAAAAUAAAGGAAAUCUAUAUGUACCUAUUGUUUACCGAAAACUAGUCAAUUAUCAGCGAUUUUCGCCAUUUGCAAUGUGACUUUCCAAGUGUGAUCGCAGCUUUGUUGAAGUUUUGUUUGCCAAGAAGAAUCGCUUAAAAAAUCGGUGGACAGCGGUGUUUGAUCACAUAACCAGAUACAAGAAUUAAAGAGAGGAUAUAUUACUUUGGAUUACUAAUUACGGAAGUCAAACUGCCAAAAAUGGGCACUAUCGAGAAACGCUCGUUCUCCUUCCGCCUUCGUAGAUCCUUUGGAGACGGCGGCAGCACUAAUAGCCGCAACAGCAACAAUAAUAGCAGCACCUGCACCAACCACAACAACCAGAAGCGGUGCAGCACUCCGUUGACACCGACCAGCACCAGCACGGGGAGACUGGAGGUUCCAGGAGCGGCAUCGGUGAGCCGACGGAGCAGCAUCUACAAGAAACCGGACAAGAACGAUGGCGGACAGAUCCAUCAGAUACCGGACGUGGAGCUGCCACUGAUGACCUUUGCCGACCAGUACAACAUUGAAAAGACUCUGGCCGAGGGCUGCUUCGCCAAGAUCCUAUUGUGCCGGCACAGACCGACCAACACGCUGGUGGUGCUGAAGGCGGUCCAUGCGGAGCUAACCACGAUCAAGGAGUUCCAGAAGGAGUUCCACUACAACUACGAGCUAUCGCACCACCACCACAUCCUCAGCGCCUAUGCGGUGGCCUUCCAGACCAUGGACUACUACGUGUUCGCCAUGGAGCAUGCCCCCUAUGGCGACCUGGCAUCCAACAUCGGCCCCAAUGGGUUGCAUGAGAAUGCCUGCAAGCUGAUCUCGGAGCAGCUCAGCUCGGCCUUGGGCUUUAUGCACUCCAAGAACUUGGUGCAUCGUGACCUCAAGAUCGAGAACAUCCUCGUUUUCACACCAGACUUCACCCGCGUGAAGCUCUGUGACUUUGGGGCCACCACAAAGAAGGGUUUGUUGGUGCACAAGGUUAAGCACACGUGGACCAGCUGUGUGCCGCCGGAGCAGCUGGAGCUGAUCAAGAAUGAGCGCUUCCAGUGUCUGCCCAUCAGCGACUCGUGGCAAUUCGGCAUCCUGCUCUAUAACAUCCUGACUGGCAAUCCGCCGUGGCAGUCGGCCGACUGGGUUAAGGAUCAGUCCUAUGCCAACUUCAUGAAGUACGAGCAGCGGAAGACAACCAAGGUGCCGGAUAACUUCCGGCGCUUCUCGCCGCGCCUUAUGCGCUGCUUCCGGAAGUACCUCAGCCACGACCCGGAGGACCGAUGCAAGAUCACCGAGGUGGCCAAGUACAUGAAGGACCGCUGGGUAGAGUGCCGCAUCUCCACCUCCAAGUCAGCCACUCUUAUCUCACCCACCAACCACGACCAGGACUCGUGCAUUUAUCUGAACCAGCGGGAGGGUCGUCUCUCCGGGGACGAGAACAAGUUGCGCUUCAAACGCAUGAUGUCCACCUACGGCCUGGACAUUCCCAUUGAUCCGAAUAUGGUAAGGCGGCGAGUCUGGGACUGGCUGUCCACAUGCGAUGCCAACUUUGAUCCAGAGGUGGAGAGUCUGCACGCCUUGGACCUGAUGCAGUAGAGUCGAGGUGGCACAUAAUAAGUUCUUUACCUCGAUUCUAAUCAGUUCGAUUCGGUUUCCUGAAGAUCUAAACUUAAACCGAGACAGAUGUAAAACCUCCAUGACACCAAAGAAUUUUUAGAGAGAUUUUGGAACCAACCCACGUAAAUAAUAAUAACUUUACGGCUUAGCCAAUUUGUAGUCAUGGAUCGCGUCCGAUCAGAGCCGGAGAGAUCAGAGAAUCCUGCAAACUGCUUGAAUUUUGGGAUCUAUGAGAUCGGUUUUGUAGAGCAGAGAAGCAACUUCUCGACGGUUAUUUUUCUGUUGUUCUGCGAUUGCACAAGCCCAGAACUGAAACAUUAAUUUAGUAUAGAUGGAAUUUGGCAUAAAACUAAGUAGUAAGAAUUUUGUAGGUUAAUGUGGCCCAUAUUUAGAGAAAAACAACACGUCAACGGAUAACUUUCCACUAGUGUUACCUUUCUAGUCUUCCGCUAUGAUGAUUUUCUAUAUAUUCUAUGUGUAGGUUUUACGGUUACAACUAUAUGUAUGUACUAUAAAGUGUGAUUUACGCGUUACUUACUUUAUGUGUACGGAAUACCUACCAACUAAUGCAAUUAUCUAGAUUCUAGACCUAAAUCGAGGGGUAAGGAAUGCCGGAGAGCAUGCGCGACCAAUUACUAGACCGAUAAGUUUCGUUGUAUAUUUGUAAUAGACUAUUCUAUCUAUCUAUCCCUAAUAUUACGAUCGAUCUGUAUAUCCCCUUUAUGUGUAUCACACACCUUUGUACAUACUAUAUAUAGUAUUUAAAUGCAUACGACUUUUACAACAAAAUAUAUAUAUACGAGUUUAUAUUCUAUGUAUACCGACAACUGCAAC